AUGUAUCCUCCCCUUUUUCGUCCCAUUAAGUCCAUUCCUUUCACGAUCACAAAACUUCUUAUCCUCAAGUGUGACACAUUCGCUAAGCCAAAAAAGGACAAGAGCACCAAGAGCCCUGCUAUCAAGGCUAAGCGGUACACGGACAAGCGAUCAAGCCCACUAACACCCACAAACCCGGUUGUGUAUCCAACCAGCUUCGGUGCCUUAAACAUUUCUUGGGAUCCGCCCAUAUCAGCUCUUCUUAUCAGUCACUAUGAAGUGGUUCUGCGAAACCUCACUCACGCGGAGGACGUGAGACGACGCGCCUGUCCGUGGUACGAGGCGGUGACACCAGAGCCAAGUGUUAUUACGCGCUUGGUGGAGCCUUCACAGCACCCCUCGCUCCGCCUCACAGACAUGCUUCCCGACACCUUCUACAGCGUGGAGGUGUGCGCUCACCUCCACAACGGCUCCCGCUCAGCUCCUGUCCUUCUCCCCUCCUCCCCCCUCGUGCCCGCUGCACCCCCUUCGGGCUACCCCACUCAGAUCCGCGUGCGAGUGCUGAGCGGUCAAUUCGCGCAGAUCUCGUGGAGCGUGUCUGACGACAUUGAAUGCAACGGCAAGUUGAUGGGUUUCAUAAUGGAGGUGAAUUCCACAUACGAAACGUCCCAGCUGAUAACCAUUGCACCAGAGAACUGCGUGCCGCUAGAGGUGGCAUGUGGGACAAAACCCAAACUCCAAUGCCAAAUUAAGUAUGGAAACGACGGGCUAUAUGCGCUGAUCCCAUCGUUCCUUCUCACGGGGCGGGGAUGUCAACAGGGUUCGCUUGAAUAUCUGCGGAUAAUUGCUUCACCCUGCCCCACAAUCGAAGUCAAGUUUGCCUGCGAGGCCACACAAAUGGGCUCGGAACUGAUGCCAGGUACGGGUUAUACCCUUCGAAUGUUGGCCAGUACUCGCGGCGGACAGGGCCGGUGGUCGCCACCAGUGCGCUUUCGCACCCAGGGUGAGGCCCGCGUCAUCGACAUGGAGGCUUUUGUCACCACCGUACCACCAACGCUGCCGCUGCCGCCGUUGCCACAGCUACUCCAGCCACAGGAGGGUGACCUCGAUGGCAUCCUUGAGGGUGAUCUUGAGGCCACCGUGCAACCUGCUUACCUCGUACCGGAUAAGCCAUCGCAACCAAAACCUUCCAGUAUCUUUCUCUUGCUAAACUGA